UGGUCCCAAGGCUCUUUCCAGGUCCAAGAUUCUUGGAAGGGAGGGAGGGAGGAUAGAAAGGGUCCUCAGGCAGAGGAUUAUUAAACAUCCCAAAGUUUUGACAGCGUGGUCUAGACUUUGAGCACCAGUGACUCCCAUAACGUGGAAAGGCUCAGGUACUUCGGUACCUGGUUAGCACGCAGGCACACCCCGCGGGUUCCCUUAAGAGGCAGCGCCGGCCCUCCCACCGGCCAGGCGUGAAGGGCCAAGGCUGCCGGCGGCCGAGGGGUGUGAGCUGGGCAGCGGUCACCAGAGGAGGGGCGGAGGGUUGCCCUCGGCCCCGCUUUUCGCUUCUGCUCUGGCAGCCGCCUCAGAGCGACUGGAAUGGCAGAGAUGCGGCCCGGACCGGCCACUGGGUUGCAGCUCAAUGCCCUGCCAGAUCACUCGCCUCUGCUUCAGCCCGGCUUGGCCGAACUCAGGCGCCUGGCCAGGGAGGCGGGCGUCCCGCUAAUGCCGCAGCCUUUCACAGAUGCCUUCUUACUGCGGUUCUUGCGCGCCCGGGAUUUCGACCUGGACCUGGCCUGGCGGUUGUUAAAAAACUAUUAUAAAUGGAGAAUCGAAUUUCCAGAAUUAAGUGCUGAUCUACACCCUAGAAGUAUUCUUGGUCUUUUGAAGGCUGGAUACCAUGGAGUUCUGGGAUCCAGGGAUCCAACUGGUAGCCGAGUUCUUAUUUACAGAAUUGGUGAUACACAUAUUAUAUAUAUAGACCCAAAAGUGUUUACAGUUUAUGACGUAUUUCGCGUAAGUCUAAUUACAUCUGAGCUUAUUGUACGGGAAGUCGAAACUCAACGGAAUGGAGUCAAGGCUAUAUUUGAUCUGGAAGGCUGGGAGUACUCCCAUGCUUUCCAAAUUACUCCAUUUGUGGCCAAGAAGAUUGCUGCUGUACUUACAGAUUCCUUUCCACUGAAAGUUCGUGGUAUCCAUUUGAUAAAUGAACCUGCAAUUUUCCAUGCUGUAUUUUCCAUGAUUAAACCAUUCCUGACUGAAAAAAUUAAGCAACGGAUUCAUAUGCAUGGGAAUAAUUACAAAGAAAACUUACUUCAGCAUUUUCCUGAUAUUCUUCCAUUGGAAUAUGGUGGUGAAGAGUUCUCCAUGGAGGACGUCUGUCAGGAAUGGACAAAUUUUAUAAUGAAGUCUGAAGACUAUCUCAGCAGCAUAUCUGAGACCAUUCAGUGAGAAGUUAUUUCUUCAAAUGGUUUCCUAAUUAAAAGUACAUACAUGAGAUCUUAUGUGAAUGAAAGAGGGCAAAUCUUUUAAAUUAAUUAUUGCUUGUCUGAUCCUUAAAUAUGUAAAAACCUGUAAUAUGAGCAAUAUGGAUGCUUAGAAAGCCUUUAAACCUUUUUUCCACUUUUGAAGUACUUAAAUAUCAAUAUACUUGAAUAGCAUUUCCUAUUUUUGCAGUUGAAGAAAUAACAGAAAGUGAUUUCUGAAGUGGUUAUUCACACGCAUCUUUGUGUGUUUCUACAAAAUUUCAUUUUAAACACAUUUUCUGGUUACAUUUGUUCACAGAUUUAUAAAAUCUACUUAAAUACUGCACAAAUCAAUUCAGUAUAAAAAACUAUUAACACUCUUUUUGUGUGGAUGUCAGAUUAGAUUACAAUUCAGGCUAAAGUCUGAACACAACUUUACAGUUAUUUCUUGGGCCAGCAGGAUAGUUCAACUCAGGGAAAUUCUAUUCGAGCACAUUUGCACAAUAGAAACUUUUGACUGGAGAAUCUGUGUGCCAAACUACUGUAUAUAGGGUCUAUAGAUCUCUAUAAAGGUACGGUUGAUAAUAACUGAUUAAAAUAUAAUUUAGAAAAUAUUUCAGAAAUAGUUCAUGGCUUCUCAAUGCUGUUUUGCAUUUUAAUAAAUAAGGUAAUUUUGACUUGUUUAUGGUAAUUCUUAUGAUCACAUUACAUGGAGAUUUAGAGAGGUGAUAUUUAGUUUUCUUAUACAUAGAAAUUUUUGUUGAAUAACAACUGUAUGAAAGAAAUGUUUACAUUUCUUAAAUCAUCAUCAAUUACACUUGGUAAUUUUCAGUUUACAUAUAAAAUAAUCUGAGUUUUACUCUUACAUCAGAAUAUUCAGAGUCCCACAAUUCUUAUUUACUUUUUAAAAAAGUGGUUAGGAUGUGCUGUUUGUAGUGUAGUUUAUAGAAAAGAAUAUUUAAUUUGCCAAGGAAGAUAUAAUAUCACCCCUUAAAGUCAAUAUAUCUUUUAAUUUAUAAUUUUUAUACUUAGUAUUUUCUAAUUGAUUUCAUUUUAAACUUGAAAGAAUAUGGAGUAUUAAAUUUGUUGAAUCUGUUCAGCGUGUCAGAUUUCAACAUUAAUCAUAAAAUAGUGUUCAUGUGCAAAGAUACUUUUCUGUGUGCAAGGGUGUUUUUCUUUAUAAGAAAAUUAGUCUAAUCAGGUGAGCUGAUAUUUAUAAUUCUUUGAACUUAUGUCUAUGAUACAACUGAGAGUAACUGUGGACGUUCUUUAGCGAAUGUGUUUGAUUUUGAUGUAGCAUUGAGAAGCUAACUUGACAUUAUAUCUUUUAUAACAAAAUUAGAUCUUGCCUAUUUCUUUAAAAGAAUUUUAAUGCUUUCUUUAUAAAAUC